AUGCCCCUUUUUGCACAUUGCCUUUUUUGCGAUGCCUUUUUGCGUGUUGCCUUUUUGCGUUAUGCCUCUUUGCGUUAUGCCUUUUUGCGUGUUGGCUCUUUGCGUGAUGCCUCUUUGCGUGGUGCCUUUUUGCGUUUUGCCUCUUUGCGUUAUGCUUUUUUGAGUGUUUGCUCUUUGCUUUAUGCUUUUUUUUGUGUUGGCUCUUUGGGUGAUGCCUUUUUGCGAGUUGUUUCUUUGCGUUAUGCCUUUUUGCGUGAUGCCUUUUUACGUGUUGGCUCUUUGCGUGAUGCCUCUUUGCGUGUUGCCUUUUAG